AUGUGCACAUCGUUGACCUGUUGUACCUUAUCUCUAGGCCCCUCAUCACUAGAGCCCCACUCUUCCUGGGGCGUGCAGUCCUCAUGGGGUCAUCCUACCCAAAGACGGGCCGAUAUGAUUCCGUGUGAACUGACAACAAGCCAAAGCCGAAAGAAGGCAAAGCGAACUGGAGGCAUCAUCAAGUCUCGGCCAAAAUCUACCUCUCCCCCGCCAACCACACCACCACCCGGACGAACCGUUCUGCGAGUUAGGAACCGGGCGCUACUGCGACGGUACUAUGAAAAGGCCUUUGAAGACUUCCAGCAACUGAACUGCCGGGCCAUUGCAAAGUCAUAUAUCAAGCUUGUCGAGCCAAGAAAACAGGUUCAUUAUCCAUACAACGGACGUCGAUCCAUCGCCGGUGUUGCACAGACCGACAAUCCAGAGCAGACCAAGCCUGGAUGGUGGCCCGCCGGUGUUGUUCACAAAGAGCCGGAUCACCUGCUUAAACCAGAUCGCCUCCGAUUACUCGUCCACAUUCUCUGUGAGCUGAAAGAUAGCCACGGAGUGACAACAGAGAAGUUGCGAGAUGCAGGCCAAGACGUGAGACGCCAGAUCACGCCCGCCCAUCGACUGCGAGUUCUCGAUGAGAUCUACUACGUACGCCACAUGGAAGAGAGGUACCUGGAUGGUGAAAUCGAUGCCAACACGAUGAUCCAAGUGACACAGACUCACCUCCCGGAAGCGAUCUUCCAAGACCGAAAUGACCUCUCAUCUCGUGCGCACGCAGCACCAUCCUCGGGGUUACCACUCGAGACAGAAAGCGACGUGAAUGAUUCGAGUGAUGACCCUAGUAAUUCCAAGUUGGAAGAAGACCCCAAGCCACAGCGCUCGCACGGUCUGCCGCUCUCGCCCACGACGAGUGAGUCCAGUGGACCUCAGAGCCCAACCAGUGGAUAUGGAUAUAACACGGUCAUGGCACCACCGGUGCAGAUUGUUCCCCCUCAUGACUCAUCCAAUUUUUUGAAGCCUGAGCAUCAGGAAUCGAAUUAUAUCGACGGGUAUUACACACAACCCUUUGUGCCCCAGAAGGGCCCUGCUUUCUGGCCACAUGCCAAUUCUGUGUCUCAGUACGGCUAUUGA